AUGCCGCGCCGCAGCCAAACACCCGAAGCCUCCACCGCGCAAUUGCCAACACAGUCGCACUCUCAUCCCGACCCCGACGCUCGCUCACCGCGCGCCCACAAGAAACACCACCGCUCGCACCGCUCGCACCGCUCGCGCUCCCCCCGUCGCGACGACGACACCCACCGCCACAAGCGGCACCGCUCGCGCUCACCCGCCGCACCACGACCCAUAGACCUACCCUACAAAGCAAAGCCCUUAUCAAAACGCCACUACGACGACUACAAACCGCUCUUCCAAUCCUACCUCGACAUCCAGAAGAACAUCCAACUCGACAGCCUCGACGAGCGCGAGAUAAAAGGACGAUGGAAGAGCUUUGUUAGUCGUUGGAAUCGGGGGGAGCUGGCAAGGAGCUGGUAUGAUCCGUCGAUGUUGAAGACGGCGAGGGAGACGGUGCAGAUGUAUCGGGGGAUUUCUCCUGGGGCGCCCAGGAGGAGGGCGUCGCCUAGCUACGAACGAAAGCAGGGAGAUGAAGCCUCAGAUGCAAGCGACGACGACGACUUCGGUCCCGCACCGCCUACAAAACUCUCCAGACAUACCGGCCACGGUCCCACAAUCCCCAACAUGGACGACCUCACUCUCCGCAACGAACUCGUCUCCGAAGACCGCGCAAAUGGCCAGUCGAAUUACACCGACGACAUCCGGCACGCCCGCAAGGGUGACCGAAAACAGCAGAAAGAAGCGCUCGACGACCUCGCCCCCCGCGCCGACCCCAACAGCCGCGACCGCCAACUCGAAAAGAAGCGCGAAGUAACCACCACUUUAAACUCCUUCCGCGACGCCAAAGAAGCCGGGGAAGUCGACGUCGCCGAAUCAGACCUAAUGGGCGACGACGGCAUAGACGUGUAUAAGAAGAAGAAGAAGGAGCAAGAGCGGCAGAAGAAUGAGAGGGAGAUACGACGAGAGGAGAUUGCGCGGGCGAGGGAGGCGGAGAGGAAUGAGAGGUUGAGUGAGAGGAGGGAGAAGGAGGCGGGGACUAUGGAGUUUUUGAGGAGGAUUGCUAAGGAGAGGUUUGGGUAG